AUGCCACAAGAAAUAGACCACGUCGACGAGGCGUCGCAACAAAGAAGGGCUUACAAGGCCUGUCUGCAUUGCCGCAAGCGUAAAUCACGCUGCGACUUGGGAGGGCAGAACGGACCACCUUGCCAAAGAUGCCGCCAUGAGCUCAGAGAAUGCAUCAUCCCAGAGGAGAGAGCCUGGCCAAAGGCAACAUCAAACCUGGCAACGACUCGCAGACUCGAUGCUGCGGAGAUGUCGUCCACUGCGCCUGCGAAGAAGCCCCGACUUGAAAAGCCCUCGGUCCGGGAGUCGAGUGAAAGCGGCCACGCCCCUCGCCAGACUGAUCUUGUGGGUUCGGUGGUACAAACCGUAGUCACAAGUGGAAAAGAUGCUCUUGGUAUUCUCUUCCAAGCUGCCGAUUCCUCUGGUGAGAUUGGACCCCCAACUGAUGAGCUGGAAGACGAGUCCAACGAGCAAGCCCACAAACUGCCUGGUCAGUGUCCGCCGAUACACCACAAACCCGUUGCGCUAUCCAUGAUCUCCGACACAGCCCAUCAAACCUGGAGCGCCAGUAGGUUUGUGAAGAUGGGAUGGCUGGUGCCCGCAGAGGCAGUCACCUACCUCGACCUCUUUUUCCGCAACAUGGCGGCUCUCAGCCCCGUGGAUCUGGGAGCCUAUGCUGGCGUAGAUGGGCAUUUCGAACUCGUCACAAAAGAGCCUCUGCUUUGCUGUGCGAUACUCAUGAUUUCGUCUCGUUAUCACAUUCUGCCGGGGGCCGCUGGCGUUUCUCGAAGUUAUUUCAUCCAUGACCGCUUCUGGCACCAUUGCCAACACCUGGUCAUGCGCUUGGUAUUUGGUCAGGAGAAAGGCUCGUCGGCGAAGACUCGAACCCUGGGAUCUAUCGAAGGGCUCAUUGUCAUGUCGGAGUGGAACCCCCGGGCGCUUCACUUUCCUCCUGAGACUGAUGGCUGGGACUCUGACUUACUCCUCACCCCGAGCGCACCUCGACCUUCAGCUUACACACAGGCCAAAAGCCUCGUCGACGUAAUCGAACCUGCGAGGAGAUCGGACCGAAUGUCUUGGAUGCUCCUUGGAUGUGCACUGUCUCUUGCGCACGAGUUGGAUGGGUUCGAAGAAGAAGAUGGCCCAGAACCACUUCCGCCGAAGAUAUCACAGUCAGCACGGCUCAGGGGUCUACUUUACGUCUCGAUCAACCAGCUCGCCGCAAGACAGGGCACGACGUCAAUGCUCGCCCAACAACAGGUGCCUUUCAAAUCCGAGUCUCCAUCCAUGCCAUCUUCUAUGCCGUCACACGACGCCUUUCUCCAAGCGUGGACCGAGCUUGUGAAAUUGUUCAAGUCUUUCUCGGACAUUGCGUUUGCUUCCAAGUCAGCAACAAGGAGGCUGCUUCGGUCUGGACGGUACACUUCGAUUUUGCAGCACUUUCAGCCGCUACUUGUGCAGUGGGGAGAGCGAUACCUUGGCAGCACGAACAUUGCCAAGCAAAUGAAAGACCACCUCUUCAUAGAACAGCACUACACCCAGAUCUACUUCAGCUCCCUCGGCAUGCAGGCCGAAUGCGAACAGGUUUCGGCCGAAGGCUCUUUCGCCACGUCAGGCACAAGCGGUGUCGUUGAUCAUGAGCAUGCCCAGCAGGUCAUUGCAUCCUCAUGCGCUCUCCUUAAGCGAGUGGUCCAGCUUUCGGAAACAGGCGUGCUUCGCUUUGCCCCCGUCAGAAUAUUUAUUCACGCGACCACAGCUUCCAUCUUCCUUUUGAAAGCCCUUGCGCUUGGUGUGCGGAACAGUCAGCUUCGCUCAGCAUUAGGCAUUUUGGACAGCACUGUCACUGCUUUGGGGACCAGCGUUCCUGAUGAUAUCCACCUUGCGCAUACUUACGCCUCGCUCCUCAAGACGCAUAUCUGGAGAUUGAGACGGGCUUUCUCGGUAUCACUGACGGGAAAGCUCAUUUCCAGCCGGAUGUCGACGCCUUUGGCUCCGGAAGGAAUGGAUCAGGAGUCUAGCACAAGCUGUCAACCAGGUCCUUCUGCGUCGGCUCCCGUUGACAAUGUGACUAUGAACGACUUUUCUCCGUCUUCCUUCAGCGAUUGGUUUGCCCUGCCUUUCGACCCGACCAUGGCACCGCUCUUUCCAGUGGGCGAUGAUGGACAGACACCUCUGAGCUCUGCAGGCGAUAAUCUGGAUUUCCUGUGGAAUUUCCAAGCACUCUGA